AUGGUGUACUGGCUGUCUUCACCUGGCUUCUCAGGUUGGUAUUUUGUAUGGCAUCUAUUUUUAUCUAAAUUCAAGUUUCUACGGGAACUGGUGGGAGACACAGGAUCCCAGGAAGGAGAUCAUGAGCCCUCCGGGUCUGAAACAGAAGAGGACCCUUCGGCUUCACCACAUAGGAUCAGAUCUGCUCGACAGAGAAGAGCGCCUGCUGCUGACGAAGGCCACUGACCGCCCUACGAGAAUAUGCUCUAAGGCAGUUAGGAGCCUCUGUCUUUAGUGACCUGGCUUUGAAAGUUACUGUGACUGAGGAACAUUUGCAAUUGGAUUUCUAUCCAGUUCAAAAAAAAUUUACAAGUAAGCCAUAUAGAAAAUAAAGGGAAUUUAAACCAAAUUGGACUGUUACAGAUUUCGUCUUGGAUAUUUUGCUUCACUGGGUCUACUUAACACUCUUACUCUUUGGAUUUUUCUUUUUUCUUUUUGCACUGGUGUAAAUCUGUAAACAUUUCAGGCUUGAAAAAACAUGAUGUUAAUAGUCAUAAAAUGUACCCUUUUCUUGACAUUUUAGCUUGUUAAUUCAGGAUGUAUCUCAUUACUGUCAACCAGGUGGUAGUCUUGUCAUUAUCCUAGCUCAUACAUAUGUGAGUUUGCAUCUAGUUACAGUGUCAUUACCUCAGCUGAUGUGUAUACUGUUGGUAUCAAAUAUAUCAGGUCUAAUUGGCAUUUUAAAAAUGUCUUCAAAAAGUACCAUUAAUCAGCAUUGAAAUGGAAGGUUAUUGCAUAUGCAGAAAACCAUGUAGACAGCAGUGGAGCAAGCAUGUUUGAUAUUAGUGAUGCCAACAUUCGCUGCUGGAGAAAUGAUCACAAGUCAAUGUUUCUUUGCAAAGAAACAACAAAAUGCUUUUACUGGACUUAAGAAAAGAAGAUACCCACAAGUUGAUGAAGAUAUGCUAUAUUUUGUCAGUGAGACAUUUGCAAAACAGGGCCGGAGAAAUUGCCAAAAUCCUCAGAAAUGAUCUAACAAAAUUCAAAGCAAGAAGAGACUGGUGUGGCCACUUCACAGAGAGGACUGCUGUUAAGACAUGAAAUGCUCUCUCCGGAGCUGCCUGCUGGUAUUAGACAGAAGGCAGUGGUAGGCAUCCCGUCAGGAAAUGCCGCAUCACAAAACAGAUCUAAUGACUAAUUUGAAGUGGUUUGGAAGAAGGGUGCUUGGAAUGUGAAGUUACAGUUAUAACUUAACCAGUUAAUUUCACACAUUCUUUACAUAGGCACAAGAUUUAUGUGAUAAAACUAUUUUAGAACAUGGGAUAAAUACAAACUAAAAUGUUUUUCUGUGAUACAAGGCAUAUGUCCUAGCUUAACGGGCAGUGUUUUUUUCUUAGAGCUACAUAUGGGGCAUCUUAAUUGAUGCUCACCUAGAUUAAGUAAAAAUUUGUAAAUUUACUUUUCAAGAUAGCAUUUAUUUAUUGGAGAACUUAAUUAUAAGUCUUACAGUGUUAACAGUUAUUUUCUAUGAAAUGCUUUUGGGGUAAACCUAUUGGGGGUUUUAGAGGUAUAGUUAGGAAUCUAAGAACUGUCUUCUCCUUUAGGGAGAGUGAGAUUGGUCCCUCCUUUAUAUGGGGACUCUUUAUGAGGGCUUGUGUUGUGGAGAAAAUACUUCAGACCUCAAAGAGUACUAGGGCUUGAAACAGUGGUUGAAAAAACCUGCUUACCUGUGUAAAAUGCCUCUUGCCAGGAGUCCGUGUUUGUUUUAACUGAACUUUGGACUGUUUACUAAAGAGAGAUGGAUUAAUGAACUUUCUAGUGUUGUCUGCUCUAGACAGAAAUGAGCUGCAAAGUCAAGUUCCUUUCCUGGUUCCUGUUCUUCAUGGUUGUGUUUAAUCUUGUUUGAUACCUCAUUCUUCAUUCUGGCAGAUUUUAUUUAUUGUCUACUGGCACUGCCCCAAAUUGAGUUCCUUAAGAACUGUUUGUAGACAUCCUAGCCCUUUGGGCACACAGGAAGUUUAGAGGAAAGCCUUCAUGUAUACAUUUUCUGGGGAAGAUGCCCAACAGCUGAGAGUGGCAUCUGUUCUGUUCUUCAUAGGGCAUACUAUGACCAGAAGGCAUGAAGAGCAGUGGUAUUGUUUCUAGCAUUGGUUUUUAACGAUUCUUAUACUAACUAAAUGUCACUAAGUGGGUUAAGGUGCCCCAAGGCAUCUUGAUACCCGGAGGUUGUUUACGUUAGAUUUUUUUUUUCAUAAUCUAAUGUUUUGAGCUCCAGGUUUUUUUUUUUUUUUUUUGCUUAUGUUUUGCAGUGGUUAUCUAAGGUUUAUAUAGCAAUAGGAAAAACUUUAAGCUGCAGGUGAGCUCUCUGUUGUGUCAGUAUUAAAGAAUGGUGGCUGAUGUCAUCACCCCUCACCCGUCCAACCUAUAACCAGGCCCAAACUAAUCUGUAGAUAUAUAUAUAUAGGGCAUUAUUUAUUGGUGUUUAUGUUUCUAGCAUAUAUUAUAAAACUUUAACAAAAACUGGUUGGCCCGAGAAAUAGUACCUUAUGGUGUAACAGCUCAUACUUCCGUGAAGACAUUUUGGAUGCCAGUAUGAAGCGUCUAAGGCAUAGUGCUUUGUGAAAAAUUGCUUUCAUGGAUCUCCUUUACCCCACCAAGAGAAGAGAAACCAUUGUCCCUCCUGGUGAAGUGCUUUUGUAGUUGUUAUAAGUGUCACACCUGCAUUCUCAGGUUCUCAUUGCAAGGGGUGUGGCCAAACUUCCAAGUUUAAAGACACAACAUACCACUACUAGAGUCUUGCCUGAUGACAUCAUCUCUUUGAGGAUGGAUUAGAAACUUGAGGACUCAGGUAGAUUGUUGUAGUUUCUUCACAGCCAACCCUUCCCAAAUUUUCUGUGGUUUGCCUCUGAAGGUAGGUGUUGUCUGUGGGUAGGUGUGUGUGUGUGUGUGUGUGUGUGUGUGUGUGUGUGUGUGUGUGUGUGUGUGUGUGUGUGUGUGUUUGCACAUUGCCCAUGUUGUGGCAUGGCUCAGAUUUAAAUGCCAAAACACUAAAGAUUUGUCUAAAAGUUAGUUGAGGCGUUAAAUACACCCGAAGAUAGCUUUUUAACUGAAUGGCUUCUCACCGUGGAAGUAGAUACUGGAUAGCUAUUUCAUGGACAUCUUGGCCUCUUUGUUUAGAUUAGACUUGACCAUUUCAAAAUGGUAUUUUGUUAAAAGUUUAGAAUAUGUAUGUGCUGACGUCUGGAACAUGAUGGAAAGCAGUACAUGUUUCAUGUUAAGAGGAACGAUGUUUGAAGUUAUUCUGAGUCCACAGUGCAAUCUUUUUUAAAGUCAGUUUUCCUGAGACGGUGUCUGACUGUGACUGGUAACCAGUGUAACUGCAGAUCUUGACUGGUAAAGUGCUUUUAUAUUUGAAAUUGACUUCAUAAAGCCAAUGGGCAGUCCUCUGAGCUCGGAAAAGCUCAGGCAACUGUCGAAUGGCGUUGGGUUAUAGAAUCUAGAAUCAAAGUACCUUGUAUUGUCUGCUGUUCAAGUGUCCCUGAGUUAGAAACUUCUAACAUAUUACGUUUUUACCCUGUAUUAGUAGAAGCUGCAUCUCCAUUUGUCGGAGCACAUGCUGCCUGCUGAGGACGGUCUAGCAUUAACCUCCAUGCCAGUUCUAUGCAUAACCAUUCACCAAACACUGCUGCUGUGGUUUCUAACAGGAGCCCCUCUGUCCUGUGCUAUGAUGCAUUGUCACCUUGUUGCUUGGCAAAUACAUUGUAAGGAAUUAGAGCUGUGUGUGUUAAUAGUACCUUUAUAUAAAUAACAAGAUGUAAAAUACAGAUGAGGGAUAUGCAAAUGAGUGAUGUUCCUGUCUUAGAAUAUCUAAAGCUUCUUGCACAGAAUAAAGGAAAAUGAAAGUAA